CACUCAAAUAUUAGAAGAAGAAGAAGAAGACGAAUGGAAACGAGUGAUGCCUGAUACGGCAAUGUGCGACUUUUCCUUGUCUGAAAUGUGUCGCUCUUAUCGCGGUAGGCGCAAGUAACCAAUGCCCAGCGUGCGGAUAAACACCUUUCGCAGCCAACUAAAUACCUCCGGCUACGAAACCGUGGACAGUAACGUCGCGUGAUUUGUUAUAUACUACGAGACGAAGACGACAUAAGGGCACUCGACGACAAGCAUGAAUAAAUCCGUGGAGAAUCUAUUGAUAUCCAGCCACGAAGUGAUCAGCAGUAUCAAUUCCACUGGUUUGGGCAAUCAAGGUAUAGCAACAAAUUUGGGGUGUACCACGGCUACCGAAAAGGUACAGGAAACGUCUGCAUCUGGCGUCGAUUGUAACAGUCCUGUAUCAAGUCCCAACUUGUCUCCACGUCCCAGUCCGAGAGCUCAUUCUAAACGAGAGUUUUCCAAAAAUCCUGAUUCUGCUGUCAAAGAAUCACUCCGUGCGAAUAAAUCAGACGAUCAGCUAUCAAGUGGCCAUCAAGAUGUAAUAAGUAGAUCAUCUGACUCAGCUGAUCUCAAUAAGAGUUCCAUUCAUGAGAAUAAAAAAGAGGCACGUAGCAGUGAACGGAGUAAAAAGAAGUCUUCUUGGUACAAUGUACUUUACCCAACUUAUAAAUCUCGUUCCGAAGACUUUAAACGAAUAUUCAAAGACGUGCCUGACGAUGAGAGAUUGGUGGUAGAUUAUUCUUGUGCUCUGCAGCGUGAAAUAUUAGUACAUGGUAGACUUUAUGUAUCUCAAAACUAUGUGUGUUUUUAUGCUAAUAUAUUUAUGUGGGAGACGUUGGUCUCUCUACGUUGGAAAGAUGUUACAUCUAUUACCAAAGAAAAAACUGCACUUGUCAUUCCAAACGCUAUCUUGAUAUGCACCAUUACUGACAAGUUCUUCUUAACAUCAUUUGGAGCAAGAGAUAAAACGUAUGUGAUGUUAUUUCGUGUUUGGCAAAAUGCUCUUAUCGGCGAGCCAAUGAGUAUGGCUGAAAUGUGGCAGCUUGUACAUACCUGUUAUGGUGAUGAAUUAGGAUUGACGUCUGAUGAUGAAGAUUACGUACCACCAUUACCUACGGCAGACGACGAAAAGUUGUCAACUCGUCUCUCUGUAGAAUCUUUCUCUGAGACUGAAGCAGUUAUGGAGAAUUCAGUAUCUCCAGCUACGGAUCCUGUUCCUGCUCUUGAACCUGCUGCUGAAUUACAAGUUCAGCCACCAGCUCCAUCAACACUUAAACCGGAACCUGUUCUCGAUCCAACAGAUUUAAGUGAUACAACAGAAAGCGAGGCUGAAAAACAUGGCUUAAAAAUGAACAUACGAAGUACCAUGGUCUGCACUUCCCUGCAUGAAGGUCGGCAAAUUAACAAAGCGACAUUGCCUAUCUACAUCGACCAGCUGUUCACUCUGCUCUUCACAAAUUCGAAAUUCUUCUUGGAUUUUCAUACUUCUCGCAAAACUACUGAUUUAAUACAAUCUGCGUGGACACAAAACAAUCAAACUGGUCAAAAAAUGAGAACCCUUUCAUACACGAUGUCCUUAACUCAAAAUAUUGGUCCAAGAACCUCUCAAAUUACAGAAACGCAGGUGAUGUUACCAUGCAGUAGACCAGGUCAUCUUUAUUGUAUCGAUGUAGAAAGCGUUAACGCCGGUAUACCUUAUGCUGAUUCUUUCAGUGUUUUAACACAUUAUUGUAUGAAUAAUAUUUCCGAAAACGAGACAAGUCUUAUAAUUUACUCACAAAUUAAGUAUAAAAAAAGCGUAUGGGGUUUUGUGAAAAGUGUGUUGGAAAAGAACUGUUGGGCGGGCUUAGAAGAGUAUUUUAAUAGUUUAAUAAAAGCCUUAACAGUGGAAUGCGAAGAAGGUAAUGGAAGUGGAGGUUUAAAAAGAAAAACGAGAAAACGACGGCGCGCGACGGGUGUAGGCGCCGCAUUGCAAACACAUACUUCCGAACACAUAUCUGUGAAUCAUCAAAUUUCUCCCUCUAACUUGUCGCACAAUCACGCUACUAAUACUAGAAGCGAUACCAAUAUAAUUCUCAGUUCAAUGCUACUAGUCGCUGUAUUAUGUUUAAUGGUAAUUAAUGGUUUGUUAUAUUACAAACUAUGGGGAUUGGAAGAAGCUGCUGCGUACACUAUUAUGGACUUACAUGUACUCAAGUACAUAUUAUCGAUUUCUUUUAUAAAUACGCCAAAAACUGAAGAAGAUUGGAUUAACCUUUUGCAACAGCAAGAAAGCUUGCACAAUGUAGAAAUGAGGAAAUGGCAAAGAGUUUUGCACACAGCUGCACAAUUGCUUAGACAAACAGAAGAAUCUUUAACGGAACUACAAAUGAGCAUUCAUCCCACUGCAACGGAAAAGAUGUUCUCAGUCUUAAAACCGAAUUUAAAAAAUCUCAAUGCACAUACGGAACGGCGAGGCAAGUCAGAAAUGUAAAAAUCUAUAUGCUUUGAGUAAUUGUAGGAACAUAUUUUGUGUGUAAAAUAUUAAUUAUCGAAUUUAUAAGCGUUUAGGAGCUAUUAUUAUGUGUAUGUAUCGUUCCCAUU